AUGGCUUCCAGAGACCUGACCAUUGGGAUCUUUUUCCUGUCUCAGACUAUGCUGGGAAUGCUGGGGAACUCAGCCUUGCUAUGUUGUUUUAUCAUUACUGACUUCUCUGGGAUCAAGACAAGGCCUAUAGACCUAAUUGUGAAACACCUGACUUGGGCCAACAUCAUGGUUGUUAUCUGCAAAGGAAUCCCUCAGACAAUGACUACUUUUGGUCAUACAUAUUUUCUAGACGAUAUUACAUGUAAACUUGUCUUUUAUUUGCAUAGAGUUGCAAGGGGAUUUUCCCUUGAUUCAACAUGCCUGUUGAGUGUCUUUCAGGCUAUCACUAUUAGCUCCAGCAUUUCCAAAUCUGCACAGCUCAAGGCUAGAAUCCCCAAAAUCAUUGGUCCUUCUCUGGUCUUGUGUUGGUUGCUGUGUCUGCUUGUAAACAUCUUCAUAAUCAUGACAGUGACUGAUAUGAGAGAUAAAGGAAAUCUUACUGAAUUUAGACAUUUGUUGUACUGCUUAGCAGUAAAUAAUUCUAAACAAACUUACAGAGUGUAUGUUAUCAUAUUGGCCUCCAGUGAUGUCAUAUGUUUGGGACUCAUGAUGUUGGCCAGUGGCUCCAUGUUGGUGAUCUUAGUCAAGCAUAGGCAGAAGGUCCAGUAUAUUCACAGAUCCUUGGCUACUAAGACAUUUCAUGAGACCAAAGCCACACAAAUUGUUCUUAUCCUAGUGAUCAGUUUUGUAGUUCUUUAUGGAACUUCUUUCAUCUUAAUGAUGUAUUUUUCUUACCAAGAUGGAAAAGAUACAUGGCUGGUCAGUGUCAAUGUAGCCAUGAGUGCAUGCUUUCCAGCACUCUGCCCCUUUCUACUCACCAGAUACCAUACUAGGGUUUUUAAGCUCUGCAGUACUUAG